AUGGUCUUCAAUGCCAUCAACCACACUGGCCCCACCUACCUACAGGAACUGCUAACCAGAAAACAUUCCCAUACCUCACGCACACUCAGUCAUGACCUCUCCUUUGACUCCGCCUCCUCUCACCUGAGUCAUGACCUCUCCUUUGACUCCGCCUCCUCUCACCUGAGUCAUGACCUCUCCUUUGACUCCGCCUCCUCUCACCUGAGUCAUGACCUCUCCUGUGACUCCGCCUCCUCUCACCUGAGUCAUGACCUCUCCUUUGACUCCGCCUCCUCUCACCUGAGUCAUGACCUCUCCUUUGACUCCCCCUCCUCUCACCUGAGUCAUGACCUCUCCUUUGACUCCGCCUCCUCUCAGGUGUCUCCUCGCUCCCGGGAAUGUCGCUCUAAGAAGGAUGAGUGCGAUCUUGCGGAGAACUGCGACGGGAAGAGCAACAUCUGUCCUGAAGACGUGUUCGUGGUGAACGGGCUCCCGUGUGACGGAGAUCUGGGUUUCUGCUUCAACGGUCGGUGUCCCCAGAGGAUGGACCAGUGCGCCAAACUGUACGGAGCAAGUGCUAUCGAGGCCGGAGCGUUCUGCUAUAGGUACAACACCAGAGGACUAUACUGGUCCUUCUGCAAGAGGACCGCCAACGACCGGUUCAUCCCCUGCCAGAGAGAAGAUAUCUUCUGUGGGAAGCUGUUCUGUGAGGGCGGCAGCGGCAACCCCAACUACGGCCGGAUGGUCAAAGUCGGGAACUGCAAGGCGGCGUUUUUUGGAGAUUUCACCAAAGACUACGGCCAGGUGGACACGGGGACCAGAUGUGGGGAAGGAAAGGUGUGCAGUCAGAACGAGUGCGUGGAGCUUCAGACGGCGUACAGAAACACAAACUGUUCAGCCAAAUGCCAAGGACACGCUGUGUGUAACCACAGGAGUGAGUGUCAGUGUGAGGCCGGCUGGAUGCCUCCUCGCUGCUCCUCCAAAGAGGGUCUCUCUACAGGUGAGGCUACCUGCCGUUACUCUCUGCUUUCUGCACGCACUUUGGAAACAGGGCUGAAAUCUUAUCUUAUCCAAUUCAAUCUGCUUUCCCUUUCUGCAGGAGCCACGGUGGCCAUCGCUCUGACGGUGAUUUUAGUGGUUUUAGGCGUGAUUGCUGGAGUGAUCGGAUUCAUCUGUAAGAAACGACAAAGUCCCAUGUUGCCAACUUCACACACGCAGAGGAAGCUGCCAGCGAUGCUCAGUCAACAGACUACAGUGCAGGUUGUAAGGCCCAAACCCAAAGGAGCUCCACCGCCCCCCCCUCCAGCCGGAAACAGGGACAGAACUACAGCGCUGCUCGCCAGGCUCUGAGGCCGGUCCCUCCUCCUAAAGUCUGAAGUCUGAAGUCGGACACUGUGCCAGGUCCUGCUGAGACUCACCUUCAACCCAAAGAGAAACUGAGGGGUUUUCAUUAAACUUGUCGUGUCUCGGCCUUUUCCUCUGCAGCGUGACGGAGAUUCUGGACUUGAACUCUUCUCCUGAACGCCGUGCGCUGAUGAUUUGAGAUUACAGGGAAGAACUGCACUUUGUUGUUAAACCACAGGGUGCAAACAGCCCUGAACGUGAGCCAUACCGUUUUAUAUCUGUUGUUUUCACGAUAAGACUGAAUGUUAUUGUCAAACAGUUUCCAGCAAUAUUUUUUACAGUGUAUUUUUAAACUGCUUUUUAAUAAUGGUCAUGCUUUUAUGGUGCAAUGUGUAAAAAGACUAACAAACCAAAUGAAAUACUGAUUAUUAGUAGGCCACUGAAUUCACACUGCCACUGAAACAUGCUACACAUCAGCCUGCUUUGUUGAAUCUCAAUUGUUCAAAAUUGUUACGGUUUUGUAUUUAUGUUUUCAUUUUC